UUUCGCAUUUCUUUCAUGAAAAAUUGAACCACACAUAAAUGUUCAUAUUUUGCAGAAAAUUGCUCUACCUAUUAAUUAUCAUAAUAAGUAUUACACUUUUAAUACUUCCUCCAUUUUUAUCUAUCACGUAGAUAAACAUUGCGUGCACUCUCCCAUCCACAAAUUCCGAUAAACGCAUACACAUUCUCAGUCCACUUAUCAUAAAUAUGAAAGCUAAAUCUAGUAAUCCUUAAAAUCAUUUUCCCAACUCUUCCGUCCAUAGUGUGUUACAGGCGCCCAUUACUCACCCUUUGCAACUACCAUCGCCCAGUCGUUCGAUCAGUUGGAUCAACGGAUUAUCGAUCGAUCGGAUCGAUCGGGACUAAACUGCAUCAGACUAGCUGGCAUCACUUUUCAACAUCUCAUUCCUACAGAGGAAGAAAGACGGAGCCUUCUCCUUUCACGUCAUUAAUUCACCCCUUUUCAAGAAAUGCUGCUUAGCUACCGAGAAACACGUGAUUGCGUUCGUGAACUCUUGCAAACGCCGCUCAGAGUACACAGCGUUACGCCGAGCCACGAAUUUCGUCGCGAGCAUUUAUCUUCUUUCCGUCCUGCCCUGUGUUCGCUAUUUCAACAGUGUUCUCGCGGUGGAAGUCUGUCUUUAGUAUCACAACGCACCAUAACUGUGUCGUGAACGAGAAUCGCCGAAUUCGCAAAUAGACAGAGGCUAUUUGGCCGUCACUGAUAAAUCGUACUAAGAAACGACACUCAGCUAGGCCGAAGAAGAAUCGCUGAAUUGAUGCUACUGUAAUAAGAGGAGGAACUGAGAGAAAAACGAUGGAGAUUCUGGGAGUGAAAUUCGCUCCGUUAAACGUUCCAUUAAAUCGAAGAUUAGAAACGCUCUCAGCCGCGCUUUGGAUCCUAAUUUGCGCACUUGGAUAUUUCGCGGGAUAUAUUCUCACCGCCUAUUUUCUUUUCUUCACCCAAACCAUGCGCUACUUCGUAUUACUUUACUUCAUCUGGAUGUAUUACGAUUGGAACAAGUUCGAUGUAAGCAAAAUACGGCGAAAAUUCCUGCAGUGGAUUAGAAGCUGCGCGUGGAACCGAUACUUCUGUAACUACUUUCCUAUAAAAUUAGUGAAAACCACUGAUUUGGAUCCGAACAAGUUGUAUUUAUUCUGUAGUUUCCCGCAUGGGAUCGUACCGACAGGAGUUUAUGGUGCAUUCGGAACAGACAUCAUCGGCUGUAGAGAACUUUUCCCGGGUCUCGAUAUUAGGGUCGUCGUACUUGAUCAACUUUUUAAAUCGCCGCUUUUCCGCGAGUAUUUGCACUUAAACGGCGCCCUUGCUAGUACUCCAGAGUGCAUGAAUCAACAACUAUCGACAAGACCUUCGCCACCGUACACCGGAAAGGCGACGGUUCUGGUCCCCGGCGGAGCGGCAGAGGUAUUCGAAUGUAAGCCGGGCACUUACCGCAUCCUGAUAAAAAGGAGGAAAGGCUUUGUAAAGCUCGCGCUGCAAAAUGGAAACCCUCUGGUUCCUGUCUGUUCAUUCGGAGAAACGGAUACUUUCGAUCAAUUGUCCUGGCCAGAUGGCUCGUUCGUGAAGAGACUGCAGGAGUUCAUUCGUAAGAAAAUCGGUAUACCCCUGGUUGUACUGGUUGGUCGGGGAUUCUUCCAAUACACUUUCGGUCUUAUCCCUCGACGGAAACCAAUUACUGUCGUUGUCGGUAGUCCGAUGGAGUUACCAAAGAUAGAAGUACCAACGAGAGAACAAGUCGAGGAAUAUCACGAGAAAUUCGUCAACCACCUGGUGAACCUUUUCGAGCACGAGAAACACAAGUACAUCGAAAACGCGGAUUCGGUGCAUCUUGAAUUUGUAUAGUGAUAUCACGAAAUAAUGAUCAUUUAUGAAAGGAAAGUAGGACAAGAUAUGGAGUACAAUUAUUUUAUCGCUGAAGAUAUUUAUAGUAUUUAAAGGAAAAUAAAUUGUAUAAUAUUUUAA